GUCACAUUCUCUUUCCUCUCUCUCUCUCUCUCUCUCUCUCUCUAUCAUCCCAGGGUAGAGAGAGAGACAGAGCACCAGUCGCCCGUUGUUCCACGCUGGUCGGUCCCCCACCCUCCCUUUUCUUCCCGCGCCGCCGCGGUGUCUCGUCUCGUCGGCGCCAUGGCUGCUGCAGCCAGGUGGGGCCGGUGGGCCCCGAUCGUCGGCGUCCUCCUGCUGGCCCUGCUCAUGCUCCCGUUCGCGCCCGCUCCGGCCAGCGCCGCCACGCCGGCGAGGUCGCCGCUGUCGUCGGCCUCCUCCGCCGUGUUCCUGCUCAGCGGCGACGUAUAUCCCGUCGGGCAUUACUACGUUACUAUGAACAUUGGGGACCCAGCGAAACCGUACUUUCUGGACGUGGACACUGGUAGCGACCUCACCUGGCUGCAGUGUGAUGCUCCCUGCCAGAGCUGCAACAAGGUGCCACAUCCGUGGUAUCGGCCAACAAAGAAUAAGCUGGUACCAUGCGCAAAUUCACUCUGUACUGCAUUGCACAGUGGACUGAGCUCUAAUAAUAAGUGUGCCUCACAACAACAAUGUGACUAUCAAAUCAAAUACACCGACAAAGCAUCUUCUCUCGGUGUGCUUGUUACGGACAGUUUCUCACUGCUCCUGAGGAACAAAUCCAAUGUUCGUCCAAGCCUCAGCUUUGGGUGUGGAUAUGACCAACAAGUGGGGAAAAAUGGUGCAGCGCAAGCAACGACAGACGGCUUGCUCGGGCUCGGGAGGGGAUCAGUUAGCCUGCUCUCGCAGCUCAAGCAGCAAGGGAUCACCAAGAAUGUCCUUGGUCAUUGUCUCAGCACAAGUGGAGGUGGAUUCCUCUUCUUUGGGGAUGAUAUGGUUCCCACUUCACGCGUUACUUGGGUACCCAUGGUCAAGAGCUCAUCUGGGAAUUACUACUCACCUGGCUCAGCAACACUGUACUUCGAUAGACGUUCACUGGGCAUCACGCCAAUGGAGGUGGUAUUUGACAGUGGUAGCACAUAUACAUACUUUUCUGCACAGCCAUACCAAGCGAUUGUUUCUGCGAUCAAAGGUGGUCUCAGCAAGUCACUUAAACAGGUUACAGAUCCUAGUCUUCCUCUGUGCUGGAAAGGGCAGAAGGCAUUCAAAUCUGUAUUUGAUGUGAAGAAAGACUUCAAGUCAUUGCAGCUGAUCAUUGGUAAGAAUGCUGCCAUGGAGAUCCCUCCUGAAAACUACCUUGUUGUCACCAAAAAUGGGAAUGUGUGCUUAGGCAUCCUUGAUGGAUCAGCUGCUAAACUGAAAUUCAACAUAAUUGGAGACAUUACAAUGCAGGAUCAGAUGGUGAUAUAUGAUAACGAGAGAGCGCAGCUUGGCUGGAUCCGUGGAUCAUGCAGUAGGAGCCCGAAGUCCAUUAUGUCUUCCUUCCCAUGAUCUCUCUCACAUUUGAACCAUUAGCCCAACAUCCAUUCAAUCAUUGACUGUAUCAAUGAUGGAGCUGGAGAAAGUUGCUGCUAGCCUCAAGUCCCUGGAAGCACAGUAUUGUUAUAGCUGAAGAAUGCCAGUCUGCUGUUAUCCAAAUAAAGUCUGUACCCUUAAAUACAUAUGGCUGGAGAAAUAAGACAAAGAAGAGAAGGAUGAGCAUGUAAUAGAGGCUGAUACCAAGUUACUGACAUAAUGAUAUAGAGUCCAUAUUUUGCAUAAUGGGAUGUAGUUCAUCUUGUAAUGUUACGCCUGAAUUAUCAUGUCAUUUAUUUGGAACUAAAAUUUUGGAUACAAGUAGGAGCUUUUAAUGUUUAGCUAGAACAGGCAAGUAGUGUUGUGGAUUUUCCACAUGAGCGGUUCAUGUAGUUUUGAUUAUAAUAGUUUCAAGAGUGAGUGGAAUAAACUGCAAGAUAAAUAUGAAUGACACUAUUUGCAUAAACUACAUUGGU